AUGUGGCGUGAGGACGAGCUGAUUGUAGUACCUCAGUCCGCUAUUAAGUGGUCGUGGCUCAAGGGUACCAAUGUUCCUUUGAGUCCACAAGUCAAGUUGUUGCUUGAUUUCCGACAGCCGAAGCCGCGAACGCGGGGUAAGAAGGCAAUGAAAAAGCGGCAUAAGCCGCGUCGAUCAUCAGAAAAUGUAGCUGGUGGGGCCAGUGAGUAUAUUCGUGGCAGGACUGAUGAUAUUCGUCGCACUGCAGACACCCCCUGGCAGCCUAGUGUUGCAAGUUCGGCGUCUGACGUUUCGUCUGGGGAUGACAAAUGUCCAAACAUCAUGUAG